AUGGCACCACCUUCUCUUGACCUAGAUUAUCCUCGCUGGAACAAUUCAGUACUAGACCAGAAAUACUUUCGUUGGAACAAACUGUUCGAUACGAUGAACUUUGAUGACGACGAAUCUCUGGGCAAGAUACUCCAAGCUGCUGGUGCAGCAGAAAGAUUUCAUCCUUUCAACCUCAAGUUGAUUGAAGGUACCAACUUGAACGAAUUUGAAAUGGUUGCAGUUCGCGACCUUUCAUACGAGGAUAAGGUCUUCACUCUCGGGAAAGCAACAAAGCUUUGCACGGAUAUACUCAAAAUCACCAAAUUAAGUCCUGUACGUCAGCCAGAUAUGUAUCUCAAGAUUCGAAGAGAAUUCUGUCGAUUAGCGCCAGACCUGGAAAAUCUUGAUGAAGAUGAAGCGGAGGCAGAAUUAGAUCGAUGGGCAAGAUGGAGGCAUCAUGAAACACGGGUCGUCACGGGACUUGGGAUAAGACAAUCUGCUCAGGGACAGGACGAUGAUCCAGCAUCUCCUGGAAGCAUGAACGCCAAUGUUGAGAAUAGCCGGGAAGUAACAUCUGUGAGAAACACAACAGAAGCCGAGUUACUUGAGGCGGCUAAGGUUCUCGUUUCGAUGAGCUCACAGGGAAUUGCAGAUGGCCUGGUUGUGACUCCUGUUCCAACUCCACAGACUCAAAUUUCCAAUAAAAGAAAGCGCAAAGAGACAUCUAGUGGCCCAGAUAAUGAAUAA